AUGCAAAUCUUCGUCAAAACCCUUACAGGUAAGACCAUUACCUUGGAAGUCGAGUCAUCCGACACCAUCGACAAUGUCAAGUCCAAGAUCCAAGACAAGGAAGGAAUCCCACCAGACCAACAAAGAUUGAUCUUUGCUGGUAAGCAAUUGGAAGAUGGAAGAACCUUGUCCGAUUACAACAUCCAAAAGGAAUCUACUUUGCACUUGGUGUUGAGAUUGAGAGGUGGUGGUAAAAAGAGAAAGAAGAAGGUCUACACUACCCCAAAGAAGAUCAAGCACAAGCACAGAAAACACAAGUUGGCUGUCUUGACUUACUACAAGGUUGACAACGAUGGAAAUGUUGAAAGAUUGAGAAGAGAAUGUCCAUCCCCAACCUGUGGUGCUGGUAUCUUUAUGGCCAACAUGAAGGACAGACAAUACUGUGGUAAAUGUCACUUGACCUUGAGAGCUAACUAA